GCAACGUCCUUGAUCAUAACUAUAGGACAAUGCCACUGUAAUGUCUCAUCGCCCAACAAUUACAACUAGCCAGGAUGAAAAUCUAUCUCAUCCGGCAUGCUGAGACUGUCCAUAAUGUGGGACAAGCUUGGGCUGGAACAACAGACUCCGCACUUACGAACCACGGCGUUCUGCAGAUUCAACGGUUAGCAACCCAUUUCUGUUCCGCGGCCGUCAAGUUUGAGCAUGUUUUUGUUUCGGAUUUGACGCGGGCGGUGCUUACGGCUGAGGGGAUAUGCAAUACGAGCACUUCUGGUAUAUUGCCAAUCGUGACUCCCUUAUUGCGAGAACAGCAUUUCGGAUCUCGCGAGGGCCUCCGCAUUCAUGCGUCCACAACUACUGCGUCGCCGCCGACAGUAGAACCCGAACCUACCGAGUCAGAAGCCUCGAUGCGAACACGAGCAAACAAGUUCUUGGAAGAAUACCUAUUCCCUGUUUUGUUGAGUCAUAGCGGUGAUCAUACUGAAGUAGAGCCGGCACUUGCCAUUGUGGCACACGGUAUAAUCCUUCGUGUAUUAUGGAACUGUCUUGUGCAUGCAUUUUCGCCGGAAAACGUAUCUUAUUCUCCCGAAGUGGCUACACUGUCAACGACAACGGGAGGGGUAUUGAUUCCAUUUUGGAGUAAUACGGGUUUUAUGGAGUUAUCCGUUCAUCGCUCACUACCGACAACAAGUGCGGAAGUAGAAUCGCUACUUUCUGACUGGACCAUGAAAAUAUUAUCAGUUGAUAAUAAGAAUCAUCUAAGAGAUCUGCGACGCACAAGGGGUGGAAUAGGAAGUUCGCAGCACGACUCGAAACAGAGGAGUAUCGAGUCAUUUUUCAAGCGAUAA